AUGGCCGAUAAUGAACUCGACCUGUUCGGCGCUUUUGAUGACGCGUCUACGACGCUCACGACCGAAGAACUAGCUGUUACCUCAUUCAGCUCUACAAAGCGCAACGAAUUUGAAUUUACUGCAUUUUCCCUGGGUGACGAUAAACCCGCAUCUCCACCAGCCAAGAAACACCAGAAUGAAAAUCGUUUAGCUUCUACGACACUAAAAGUCAUUGAAGGCAAACGCAUUGAUGCGACGCCAAUAGACGGUGACAAACAUUCUGUCAGUGGGGUGCUGCUGAAAAAAACCCCUGCGAAAACGUACCCAUUUACUUUGGACCCAUUUCAACAACAAGCUGUGGAUUAUAUUGAAGCUGGAGAGUCGGUGUUAGUAUCUGCCCAUACGUCAGCUGGUAAAACAGCUGUUGCAGAGUAUGCUAUUGCCAAGUCUUUACGAGACAAACAACGUGUUAUUUACACGUCACCUAUCAAAGCAUUGAGUAAUCAGAAAUACCGUGAUUUGGAAGAAGAAUUUGGAGAUGUGGGUCUUAUGACGGGAGAUAUUACAAUCAAUCCGUCGGCUACAUGUCUCAUUAUGACAACGGAGAUUCUCCGAAGUAUGCUGUACCGAGGUUCUGAGGUGAUGCGUGAAGUCGCGUGGGUCAUUUACGAUGAGAUUCAUUACAUGAGAGAUAAGGAACGUGGUGUUGUUUGGGAAGAGAGUAUUAUCUUGUUGCCACACAAGGUGAGAUUUGUGUUUCUGUCGGCGACGAUUCCGAACUCCAAGGAAUUUGCUGGAUGGAUCUGCCAUAUUCAUCAUCAACCGUGCCACGUUGUGUAUACGGACUACCGUCCGACACCUCUUCAGCACUAUCUUUUUCCUGCAGGAGGUAAUGGUCUGCAUUUGGUGGUGGACGAGAAGGGCAAGUUCCGCGAGGAUAAUUUUCAAAAAGCCAUUGCAACAUUGUCAGCGUCGGUAGAUGAUGCGGCAUCGGAACUGGCGUCAUAUGGCAGCAAUACGAAGCGACGCAAAGUGCAGAAGACAAAUCCAAAGAAAAAAAUAGGCACGGAUGUGUUUCGUAUUGUGAAGCUUAUCAUGGAGCGCCAGUACGACCCAGUGAUCAUUUUUUCCUUUAGCAAGCGCGAGUGCGAAUCGUACGCACUGCUGAUGUCGAAGCUUGACUUUAACACAGAGGAGGAAAAGCAAUCGGUGGAUCAACUCUUUAAAAACGCAAUGGACUCGCUGUCGGACGAUGAUCGUGCACUACCUCAAGUCGACUCGAUAUUGCCACUACUUCGGCGCGGUAUCGGUAUUCACCACGGUGGUCUACUGCCUAUUCUAAAAGAAGUGAUUGAAAUUCUCUUCGGUGAAGGUCUUUUGAAGUGCCUUUUCGCCACAGAGACUUUCUCCAUGGGUCUGAACAUGCCUGCCAAGACUGUAGUGUUCACCAACUGCCGCAAAUUUGAUGGCAAUGAUUUCCGGUGGAUCACUGCAGGUGAAUACAUCCAAAUGUCCGGCCGUGCUGGUCGUCGUUCGCUUGAUGCACGUGGUAUUGUCAUUCAGAUGCUAAGCGAUCAGAUGGAGCCGCAGGUUGCUAAGGGCAUUUUGUACGGUCAAGCUGAUCCCCUUAUCAGUACGUUCCAUCUUGGUUACAACAUGUUGCUAAACUUGAUGCGUGUGGAAGAUGCCGACCCCGAGUACAUGAUCAAGCAGUCGUUUCAUCAGUUCCAGAACGAGCAGGCUGCUCCAGCGCUGGAGGAAGCACUCGAACGUGCUACGGAAGAGAAAAAUCAGAUCGUGAUCAAGAAUGAGGAAGAGGUGGCGCAUUACUACUACCUGUCCAGAUCUCUUGUGCGUCUUAAAGAGGAAUUUCUGGCUAUACGCAACAAGCCUGAAUACGUCGUUCGCUUCCUCAACGGUGGUCGUUUAGUGAAACUUUAUUGUCCGGACAGCGAUGAUGGCGCGUCAAAACCCAAGUGGGAUUGGGGUGUCAUUGUGAAUUUCACGACCAAGAAUGCCAGCAAUUCGACUUCGGCGGCGCCUGACACGAUUGUGCACGUGCUGUUGAACUGUGUCGCAAGUAAUGGUACAACGAAGGCAAAUGAUGCUACCAACGGCAGCUCUGUCUCGGAGCUGCCAACACCAGCGCCUGAUGGUAUGAUGGGCCUGUCGGUUGGAACGUACGAAAUGAAGAUCUGCCCCGUGCCAUUAGAGAUGCUAGACCUAGUUUCUUCUCUGCGUGUGUACAUUCCGAAGGACUUGCGUACAGUAGAUAGCCGGCAGGCAGUGGGAAAAUCGGUGAAGGAGGUGCUGCGGCGAUUUCCUCAGGGUGUGCCACUGUUGGACCCGCGCGAAGACAUGGAUAUCCAGGAUGAGCACUUCUCUCGUGUGAUUGAAAAAACGAUCGAGGCCGAGAAGAAGCUUAAGAGUUCGGUAUUCCAUAGUGCAAUCGACAAAGAGGCACGAUUCGCGCUGUAUAAUCUCAAGAUGGAGAGCGAAGCAAAGAUGCGGGAGCUAGAGCGUAAGAUCAAGGAGUCUAAGUCACUUGUGCUGCGCGACGAUCUGCGUCGUCGUCGGCGAGUUCUGCGACGACUAGAGUUCGUGGACAAGGAGGGCGUGAUACAACGAAAGGGUCGUACGGCAUGUGAGGUCUCUACGACGGACGAGCUGCUGGUGACUGAGAUGAUCUUUAAUGGCCAAUUUAACGAUCUGUCAACGAAUGACACAGUGGCGCUAUUGAGUUGUUUGAUUAAUACGGAGAAGAAUAAGGAAAGCGACAAGCCGCCGCAAGCCGAAAAUUUGGUGAUUCCUGUUCGCCAGCUGCGUGAGACGGCCCAGCGCAUUGCAAAGGUUAUGCAGGACGCCAAGAUCACAAUUGACGUCGGCGAGUAUGCGGGUGCUUUCAACACGAGUCUCGUGGAUGUUGUCAUCGCUUGGUGCCAGGGUGCCAAAUUUUCGCAGAUUUGCAAGAUGUCUGACGCGUUCGAGGGUACAAUCAUCCGUUGCUUGCGUCGUUUAGAGGAGUUGCUACGCCAGCUUACGCUGGCUGCACAUUCCAUUGGCGACGUCGAGCUUGAGAAGAAGUUUGACGAAGGAGGCAAAAAGCUGAAGCGCGACAUUGUGUUUGCUGCCUCCCUCUACCUGUAG